AAAGGAAAGUGGCAACAAGACAGAAGCUGGUGCGGUGGUGCAGUUUCUUCUUAGAAACGAAGAUCAACAAGAAGACUGUCGGGAGUUCGUUCAAGGAAUAACAGAGGAAAAGGUGCUAAUUUACGUGUUUUGAUGCGGUGCACAGCUGAUUUCAGAGGAAAAGGGUGCAAUGCUCGUUGGGGAAGGGGGAUGCAAGUGUUCAAUACUUGGUGAAUUAUUGGUGCUAGUGAAGGUCGUGGGUUAGUUUAACAGUGGUGGUUGUGUUGUGAAAGUUAAGCUUUGGUGUAUUAUUUUAUAGCCGUGAUCAAUUGCUGUUUCGUCUCGUUGCUACGAUCACUUACACUCCUCAAUUCACCCUCCAAAAUAACGAAUCUCGUGUGGUGCUUGCAGUCGGUCAUCGUAACAGAGGCGGCUUUUUUGUCAGCCCACCACCAGCACCAUAACCGACAAUAGACAAAACAGAAAACAUCAUCCACAAAAGAAAGAGAGUGUGAGCGAGCCGGAGCUGAGCCACAUCCUGCUUCACGCUCGCGAGCUGCCAGCGCAACCAACGACCAGUUUUCGUUCGCGAGACUAGAAGUGAGAGAGAAGCUUAUGCGCUGACCACAGACUUCGGGGCUCGGUUGGUCGGUUAGUUGCGUUUCGGCCACCGUCCGGCUUGCAUCGUUUUCUCUUGGAACUCUUGGAAGGGUGUUUGUGAUGGUGCAACUGGGGAAAAGUGACUUGGGUGUUGUGCUUCUAUUGUAAUCUAUUGUAAUUUUAAUUACUUUUUUAACUAAUCUCUAUUAUAGUAAGUUGCUAUUCUGUAAAAAUCAAUUACUAAAAUUAGUGAAAUCUUGAAAAGCUAUGUUGUGACUCAAAUGAAUGAAACGAAGAAAAAUUAUCAAUGAACGCAUGAUUUUGAUUUCUAUAAAUUCGUAAAUACAAGUGUGCACCGUGCCAUAAUUAUUCCUGUUGAUUCGGCAAAAAAGAAGUAAACAAGAAAAAACAAUCUCUGGAAGUGUCUGAUCGUAUAAGAGAGCCCAUCGGCACCAUAUCAGCUGAGCGUGUAUUUAUUUCGAAGCUUAUAUAGUUAGUGUAAAGCAACUGACAGCAAGUCGGAACAAGAAGAAGACGACGAAGAAGCAGUAAUAAAACAAUUCAACAAAAAGCACGAGAAGCAAAAGUGGGAAAAACGUAACAAGAACAUACCCACUCCCAGCUGAGCUGCGACUUCCGGCGUAGAGCCAUGGUGCUGGUGCUCAAUGGCGUCCUGCAGGACGAGUGCCCCAUGGACACACACUCGCUGUUUGUGCAGCAUCCGGUUUACCGGGAAACGGCCACACAGUUCCUGUCGAUUCCGACGAAAACGGUCGGUGCUCCAGGACUUUUGUACGUUUGCCAGCGGGAACUGGCCGCGGUGGCACCACACGACAAAAAUGUCAACAUUAUCGGAUCCGAUGAUGCGACCACGUGCGUGAUUGUGGUUGUGCGGCAUUCAGGUUCCGGUGCGGUGGCCCUCGCCCACCUGGACGGGAACGGCACCGACGAAGCCGUUUCCACGAUGGUUGCCCGCGUUCAGGAGCUCGCCUUCGGUUAUCCGGAAGGACGCAUUGAACUGCAGUUGAUCGGGGGCUUCAAGGACACCCAGGGCUACGCGGAGGACCUCUUCAGUAACAUUAUGCAGUCCUUCCACAAGCACCCGCUCGAGAUCGACCUAACGCAAGCCUGCGUCGGCGAGCUCAACACCAUCCUGCGCGGUGACAUCAACUGGCCCAUCAUCUACGGCAUCGGCGUGAACGUCAAGACGGGCGAAAUCUUCCCGGCCACCUUCCCGGACAAGGGCCCCGAUCUGCAGCUGCGCAUGGCCCGCCACUUUACCGGCGGCCAUCAGCAUCGAUUCCAGGUGCUGGACGUGUACGACUCCACCGUUGGGAUGCUCCGGAUCGGACCGUUCAACUACGACCCGCUGCGCGGCGUCGAUUUGUGGCUGUCGCAAAGUGACGAGUUCAUUCUGCAGCAUUUAUCGACGAGCCCCGACGUGGAGCCACCCCACUUUGCUAUGCAAGUUCGUGCCACACUGAGAUACAUUCAGGACAACCCGUUCCCGGCGGUGACCGUGUUCCGGAACAACAACCCGCACUACUUCCGCCGGGACGAAAACACAGGCUGCUGGUCUCCGGUGCGGUUUUAGGAAGAAAUAAGAGAAAGCACACAUUUGAUUCCUUUUAGAAGAUUUUUUACAAACCCCUAAACAAUAUCUGUUCAGUGAAUGACCUAUUUAACGUCUGGUUGAGUUAUUUAAGCUUAGUUUUCCUCCCACUUUUUUAUUGCAACGGUUGUUUAACAUAUAUCUACUCCAGGAAGAGUUUCUCCACAAUUGUCCACUUGACGUACUAAUUUAUACAUAUUUGUUAACCAAGUUAAUUCAGACCCGCAAAUUCGUUCUUUACGCCGUGACGAAUCUUAGAGAAUAUCGAUUUCAGAGAAGAAGACAAAAAAAAGACAAAUUAGUUGAAGCUAAUGCAGAAGGUUGUACAGAAUUCGGUUUUAUAGAGCUCGUUAAAUUAAAUUAAUCUGCCCAGCUAAAGUUGAUUGUAAUAAAAUUUGCGAAAAAUGUCAA